GUUAGUGCAGGGUGAGUGCUGUAAAUUCUUGGAGGAGGGAGAGGGAAGGGGUGCGGCUAUUUUUAGUGCUGCUCGUAUCACUGCAGCAGCUGUUCCUCCCCCACUCCCUCUCGGCCAAUCGGAGCAGCCGCAGGAACACGGACGUCGGCCUGUCGUGUUACACCACCUUCCCCUCAUUCAGAGCCUGGCUUCUCCACGGGUGACAUCUCUCCCUCUCCCUCUCUCUCUUUCUCUCCGUCUGUCUCUUUCUCACUCUCGUUCUCUCCCUCUCUCGCGCUCUCUGGCCCUUGGUGUGGUGUGGCCCCGGCACUCUCACCUCUCUCUGGCGCUUAGGGACAGACAGACAGACGUUCUGCAGACACCAGCCCGGUUCGACCCCUCCCCCUCCAGGGCCCCUGGGCCUUCUGACGCUCUGGGUCUGACCCCCAGAACCCGCUCUCCACUGUCCAGAGACUCCCCACAUCUCCUGCACCCCGAAAUCUCCAGCCCUGUGCCCCCCUACCCCCUCUCCCCUCCCACACAGCUCAUGACCGCAGAGCAGUUGCCAUGGCGUUCUCAUCGCGGUUUUCCUUCUGGGAGAAAAAGGUGAAAGAUGAGGUGAAAGUUGGGGCCAAAAGUGCAAAAGAGAGUUCUGACAGCAAUGGCAGUUUGGACAGCGUCAUGUCCUCAGGCCCCGCAAGGGCCAAAAGCCCAGAGCCCUCCAGGGGCCCAGCCCGUGCCCGCAGCCCCUCCCUGCCUCGACGGAUAGGGCCCCUGCAGACCCCGGAGCUGAAUGGGAGCAGGAGCGAGCCAGGGGCCAAGGAUGACCAGGGCACGUCCUACAGGAAUGGGGUGACGGUGGGGAGGAAAGAGGAGGGGCCCACGGCUGCCCCGGUGACCCCGCCUGUCACCCCGCCCGUGACCACGUCUGGACGAGAGCAGGCCAGCCAGCCUCCCAAACCCGCCCCCGUCCCAAGGGUGCCCAAGAUGCCCGUCUUCUCCUUCAAACACGACACCAUCAAGAAGGAGGAGCUGGAGGAGGGGCCAGCCGGCCCGAUUGGCCGAAGCAGGAGCGCAAUCUUUGAGCACAGGCCACGCCUACACAAGCAGGAGGCGGCACAGUGCCCCCGGCCCACGGAGGAGAGGCCACCACUGAACCCUGAGCCGGCCCCCCAAACCUCACCCCAAAAACAGGACCAUAAGGCCCCAGUGCCACCCCCCCUCUCCCCCCCACCGUCUGCUGUCUCCCGUCAAGCCAAAUCGGAACCCCCUUCUCGCCCUGCUGGGUUUGUCCCUGCCCCCAAACCUGCCUCUCUCUCGCCCCCCGCUGGCUUUGUCCCUGCCCCCAAACCCGCCUCUCUCUCGCCCCCUACUGGGUUUGUCCGUGCCCCCAAACCUGCCUCUCUCUCGCCCCCCGCUGGGUUUGUCCCUGCUCCCAAACCCUCUCCAUCCCACCCAGGCCCCAAAAUAUCUGCUCCAGUCAAAUCAGAGGUGAAGGCUGCCUCUCGCCUAUCCCGUGUUACAGUCAGGAGCGGUCUGUCAAAGGGCACACCUGCCCCAAUAAAACAGGAGGCGCCGCUGAGUGCCACAGAAGAAGCUCAGAGACGACUCGAGAGAAUCUUCGGCGCACCUGGGCAGGUGGAUGAGGACCCCGUGGCCAUCCUACAGGCGGCUCACACUGCUACCGCCCUGCCCAAGGUGAAGUCAGAGGAGCAGAUUGCGGCAGAGCAGGCUUGGUAUGGCUCAGAAAAAGUGUGGCUGGUCCACAAGGAUGGCUUCUCCUUGGCGACGCUGCUGCAGACGGCCGAGGGGGACCUGCCCGAGGGGAAGGUGAAGAUCAGACUGGAACACGACGGCUCACUGCUGGACGUCGACGAGGAUGAUGUGGAAAAGGCGAACCCCCCUUCGUUUGACCGCGUGGAGGACCUGGCGUCCCUGCCCUACCUGAAUGAGUCGAGCGUGAUGCACUCUCUGCGUCAGCGCUACGGCGGGAACCUGAUCCACACCCACGCCGGACCCAACAUGGUGGUCCUCAACCCGCUCAGCACGCCCUCCAUGUACUCCGAGAAGGUGAUGCACAUGUUUAAAGGCUGCCGCAGGGAGGACGCAGCGCCUCAUAUCUACGCCGUGGCGCAGGGAGCCUAUCGCAGCCUCCUGACCACGCGGCAGGACCAGUCCAUCGUGAUGCUGGGCCGCAGCGGCAGCGGGAAGACCACCAACGCCCAGCACCUGGUGCAGUACCUGCUCACCAUCGCUGGCACUGCUGGGAAGAGCUUCUCCUCGGAGAAGUGGCAGGCGGUCUACACCAUCCUGGAGGCCUUCGGGAACAGUGCCACGCCCAUCAACACCACGGCCAGCCGCUUCUCACACAUCGUUUCCCUGGACUUCGACCAGGCAGGGCAGCUGGCCUCCGCAUCCAUACAGACGCUGCUCUUGGAGAAGCUGAGGGUGACCAGACGCCCGGAGGCGGAGCCCACCUUCAACGUCUUCUAUUACAUCAUGGCUGGAGCCGACGCCAAUCUCAAGACAGAGCUGCAUUUUAACCACUUUGCUGAGAAUAGUGCCUUCGGAAUCCUGCCCCAAUCCAAGCCCGAGGACAGGCAGAAGGCCUCUCAGCAGUGGGUGAAGCUGCAGGCGGCUCUGAAGGUGCUGGGCGUAUCGGCCGAGGAGCAGAGGGCCCUGUGGCUCAUUCUGGGGGCCAUCUAUCACCUGGGGGCUGCUGGGGCAACCAAAGCCGGCCGGAGGCAGUUUGCCCGUCACGAGUGGGCGCAGAAGGCUGCGUAUCUCCUGGGCUGCACCCUGGAGGAGCUCUCCUCCUCCAUCUUCAAGCACCAGCCCAAGGGCGGCAUCCAGAGGUCAGCCUCCUUCCGCCAGGGCCUGGACGAUGGCGGCGCUGCGGACGGGUCAGGGCCGACGAUCACAGCUCUGGAGUGCCUGGAGGCGAUGGCAGUGGGGCUGUACUCUGAGCUUUUCACCCUGGUUAUCUCCCUGGUCAACCGUGCUCUGAAGUCCAGCUCGCACUCUCUGUGCUCUCUCCUGAUUGUGGACACUCCGGGCUUCCAGAACCCGCGUCUGGCCCAGUGUGAGCGCGCUGCCACCUUCCAGGAGCUCUGCCACAACUACACCCAGGAGCGCCUGCACACUCUCUACCACGAGCGCACCUUCACCCAGGAGCUGGAGAAAUACAAGGAGGAAAACAUUGAUCUGCCAUUCGAUGAGUUGGACUCCAGCACCUCCCCCUCUGUUGCUGCGGUCGACCACGCGUCCACACAAACACUGGUGCGGACCCUGUCCCGCACUGACGAGGCGCGGGGGUUGCUGUGGCUGAUGGAGGAGGAGGGGCUGGCGCCGGGGGGAACAGAGGAGACUCUUCUGGAACGCCUCUUCAGCUACUACGGGCCGAGGGAGAACGACAGUGGCCCUGCCCUGCUGAUGAAGAGCGAGAAGCCGCAUCACUUCCUGUUGGGGCACUGCCACGGGACGGACUGGGUGGAGUAUGACACGCAGGGCUGGCUGAGCAACGCCAAGCACAACCCCGCCUCGCUCAAUGCUGCCUCCCUGCUGCAGGACUCCCAGAAGAAGAACAUCAGCAGCCUGUUCACUGGGCGCACAGGGGGGGCCACGGUCCUGUCAGGCUCCAUCGCGGGGCUGGAGGGGGGGUCCCAGCUCACCCUGCGCCGGGCCACCAGCAUGAGGAAGACCUUCACUACCGGAAUGGCAGCCGUGAAGAAGAAGUCCCUCUGCAUCCAGAUCAAACUGCAAGUGGAUGCUCUGAUAGACACGGUGCGGAGGUCCCGGGCCCAGUUUGUGCACUGCCUCCUGCCCAAAGCGGAGGGUGUGGGAGGGGAGGUUCGGAUGCAGGGGGGCCCCUCAGCCCGUCCUGGGGAGGGAGAGGCCCCCGGUGGUGACUGCGACCCGGGCCUGAUGCAGCUGGAUGUGGCCCUGCUCCGCGCCCAGCUACGUGGCUCCAAGCUCCUGGAUGCUCUCCGCAUCUACAGACAAGGAUACCCUGAUAACUUGGUCUUCUCUGAAUUCCGCCGGCGUUUUGACGUUCUGGCCCCACAUCUGACCAAGAAGCAUGGCCAUAACUACGUUGUGAAGGACGAGAAAAGGGCUGUAGAGGAGCUCCUGGAGAGUCUGGACCUGGAGAAAAGCAACUAUCUCAUGGGUCUAAGCCGAGUGUUCUUCAGAGCCGGGAUCCUGGCCCGGUUGGAGGAGCAGAGAGAUGGGCAGACGCGCUGCAACAUCACCCUGUUCCAGGCCACGUGCAGGGGGUACCUGGCCCGGCAGGCCUUCAAGAAGAGGAAGAUCCAGGAGCUAGCGAUCCGCUGUAUUCAGAAGAACAUCCAGAAGAACCGGGGGGUGAAGGGCUGGCCCUGGUGGAAACUCUUCACCACUGUGAGACCCCUCAUCCAGGUGCAGCUCACCGAGGAGCAGAUCCAGGCCAAGGAUGAGGAGAUCCUGCAGCUGAAGGCUCGGCUGGAGAAGGUGGAGAAGGAGCGGAGCGAGCUGAGGCUGAACUCUGACCGCCUGGAGAGCAGGAUCACGGACCUGUCGGCGGAACUCGCAGACGAGCGGAACACAGGGGAGUCGGCGUCUCAGCUGCUGGAGUCAGAGACGUCAGAGAGACUGCGUCUGGAGAAGGACAUGAAGGACCUGCAGGUGAAGUUCGAGGCGGUGCAGAAGCAGAUGGAGUCGAUGGAGAUGGAGGUGAUGGAGGCUCGUCUCAUGCGAGCCUCCGAGCUGAACGGGGAGAUAGAUGAUGAUGGCUCUGGAGGAGAAUGGCGACUGAAGUACGAGCGAACUGUGCGGGAGAUCGACUUCACCAAAAAGAGGCUGCAGCAGGAGUUUGACGACAAGCUGGAGGUGGAGCAGCAGAGCAAGAGACAGCUGGAGAGAAGGAUAGCGGACCUCCUGGCGGACGGUGAGGAGCUGCAGCGGGUGGUGCAGCAGAUGAAGAAGAAAUGCCAGAGGGUGACGGGCGAGUUGCAGGACACCAAACUGCACCUGGAGGGACAGCAGAGCCGCAACCACGAGCUAGAGAAGAAGCAGAGGAAGUUCGAUAUGGAGCAGACGCAGGCUCAGGAGGAGGUGGAGCGGGAGAAGACUUUGCGGGAGAGGCUGGGAAUAGAAAAGGACCGGCUGACCGGAGAGGUGCUCAGCCUCAGGCAACAGCUGGAGGAUAAGGAUCUGGAGAUGUGUGCGCAGAGCCUGAAGAUGGAGACUCUGGAGGCGGAGGUCCAGGACCUCUCCUCACAGGAGUCCAAGGACGAGGCGUCUCUGGCCAGGCUGAAGAAGCAGCUACGGGACCUGGAGGCCAAGGUCAAGGACCAGGAGGAGGAGCUGGAUGAACAGGCCGGGAACAUCCAGAUGCUGGAGCAGGCCAAACUGCGGCUGGAGAUGGAGAUGGAGCGGCUGCGGCACACGCACAGCAAAGAGAUCGAGAGCAAGGAGGAGGAGGUGGAGGACUUCCGCCAGUCCUACAGCAAGAAGCUGAAGCAGAUGGAGGUGCAGUUGGAGGAGGAGUAUGAUGAUAAGCAGAAAGUUCUCCGGGAGAGAAGAGAACUGGAGUCCAAACUGCUGGCUGCUCAAGACCAGGGGUGCCAGCGUGACAUGGAGGCGGAGAAGCGUUUGAGGAAGGACCUGAAGCGCACCAAAGCCCUGCUGAUGGAUUCCCAGAUCAUGCUGGACCACCUGAAGAACAAUGCCCCCAGCAAGAGGGAGAUCGCCCAGCUGAAGAACCAGCUGGAGGAGUCAGAGUUCACCUGUGCAGCAGCGGUGAAGGCCCGCAGGUCCAUGGAGGUGGAGAUGGAGGACCUGCAUGUGCAGAUGGACGACAUCUCCAAGGCCAAGCUUGCUCUGGAGGAGCAGUUGAGCCGUGCCCAGCGGGAGAAGAAUGACCUGCAGUCUCGGAUAGAGGAAGACCAGGAGGACAUGAACGAGCUGAUGAAGAAGCACAAGGCGGCUGUCUCCCAGUCGUCCCAGAACCUGUCACAGAUCAGCGACCUGCAGAGCCAGCUGGAGGAAGCCCUGAAGGACAAACAGGAAGUCCAGGAGAAGAUGCAGGGUCUGCAGAGUCAGCUGGACUUCCAGGAGCAGUCCAUGGUGGAGAAAUCUCAGGUCAGCCGGCAGGAGGCCAAGAUCCGGGAGGUGGAGACCAAGCUGGAGUUUGAGAAGACGCAGAGCAAGCGCCUGGAGAGCCUGGUGGCGCGGCUGAAGGAGAGCCUGGAGAAGCUGACAGAGGAGCGGGACCAGCGGGGCGCAGCGGAGAGCCGGGAGAAGGAGCAGAACAAGCGGCUGCAGCGGCAGAUCCGCGACAUCAAGGAGGAGUCCGCCGAGCUGGCCAAGAAGGAGGCCGAGGCCAGCCGCAAGAAGCACGACCUGGAAAUGGACAUUGAGAGCUUGGAAGCAGGCAAUCACAGCCUCCAGGCAGACCUCAAGCUGGCCUUUAAGAGGAUCGGUGACCUCCAGGCGGCCAUUGAGGAUGAGAUGGAAAGCGAUGACAAUGAGGACCUCAUCAACAGUCUACAAGACAUGGUGGCCAAGUAUCAGAAACGAAAGAACAAAACCGAGGGGGGUGAUGAGACGGACUCCGAGGCAGAGGAAGGGGGAAAGUCCUGGCUCUCCAAAAGCAAAGGAUCCGCCAAGAACCUGUCCGACGAUGGGAGCUUAAAAAGCUUCAGCCCCUCCUUCAGUCGAAGACACUUGGGCUUGGACAGAUCGGACGAGGAGGAGGAGGAGGAGGAGAAGGAGGAAGGCGGUGCGUCUCUCGGGUCCUACAGCACCAGAUACAGCCGGCGCGACUAUCUGAGUGACAGCGACAGCGAUGGCAAGCCCUCCGACGCCACGGCGUAGAGGAGCUGAGCCCUACUGCCGUCCCUCUCUGUCCCCCACCCUACCCCCCGGUACCCCACCCUACCCUCUCUCUGUACCCCACCCUACCUCCCCGUACCCCACCCUACCCUCCCUCUGUCCCCCACCCUACCCUCCCUCUGUACCCUGCACUACCCCCCCUGUUCCCCUUUUAAUAAGGGCUCAUUUCACAAGCCCACAUUUCCCAGAAUUCCCAGUUCCUCUCACUCUCAGGUCUCCUCCUUCCCCUCAGAAGUACAGAUUCUAAUUUUUGAAUUUUUGAACUGUUAACUGUUAACUAGCUCCUAAAGUCAUCUAAGUCUGCUAGAGAGCCCUUAAUUGUUACUAAAGAAAAGUUUGCAUUAAAGGAAGAAAAACCAUAAUGCCUUUGUAGUAAGUACAUGCAGUAUGGACACAGUGUUCUAGCCUAGCUUAGAAUCAUUAUAAAACAAGCUUUGGGGAGCGGCACCAUUGAUUUAGGUUAUUUUUUAAAUCUUUCGUCUAGGCAUUGACUGUGCUAGGCAUUUCAUCUAGGUGUCCUUAAAUGUUCCCAGAAUGACCAGCCCUUGACUAAUGGCUGAUUUCUGCAUUUGUGAUUAGAGAACAGGGAAAAAAGUUAAAGAUAUGCAGUGAAAUUUAUGCUGGAGAACAGAGUUUUAAACGAUGGUUAAAAAGCUGGUGUUUGGAAGGGGUCUGAGUGUGCAGAAAAUAAUAAAAGAAGAGUUUCAGGGUUCUGGGUUUCAUGUAAAUUCUUUUCAAUUUAAUUUUAUCUCAAAUGAACUAUGCGUUUGCUGUGAUGGGUUUGUAUGGGUCGUUGCUUUGGACUUGUUGCAUUGUGUUUCAAUGUACAUUAUAGGGAACGCACUUUGGCUCUGGUAUGGCAUUUCAUUGUUAUUAUUCUUUUGUCUGCAAUUUCCACCUCCCUCUACCAUCGAUCAGUGAAAUCCUUUUUGAUUCCUUUCCGGUUGUUUUAAUGUUGGAACCAGUGUGUUGCCAUCAAUUUAUGAUGCAUUACAUUUUUACAAAUCGAUAGGCUGCUCAGAAAAAAAACAUUCGGAUCCCCCCAUUUCUCCAGAUUUAAUUUCAAGAUAACAUCACAAAACAUAAUUCGUAAUUUUUGCCACAAUAGCCUGUAUAGAGUUAGCUUCAAUGAACCAAGUCUUUCUACGCAAAUGUGACAUUUUUUACAUGGCAUCGUGUCAUGGAAUGAAAAAGUUUAGUUGAUGAAUUCAGUUGCUGGAAAAGUUUGAGUGUUUAGGACAGGGGUCUGCAAUUCUGGUCCAGGGGAGCCACAUAGUCUGCUGGGUGUUUUACCUUAAAAUCAGGAACUAAUUCAGCCCUAAGAAACCAGGUGAGGUGGAAUAACUAUAAUUAACCACUUUGUUUCAUCCAUUAUGUACUGAGUAACAAUGAAUGUACCAGUUGCCUCACUUGUUAUUUUGAGGAUUCAGGUCUGGUGUUGGCCUUUCUGCUUCUCUGUCAAGCGUCUUUGUGACAGUCUUUUGUAAAGAGAACUUUGCAAAUAAAACUGAAUUUAUUGAAAGCAGACACUGUGGGAGUUGCACACCCCACCCGUUGGUUUGGACAUGCUUGUGUAAUGUAGAUUGGUUCUUACUGCACUACCACACAGGACCUAUGUCUCCAGCCUGUUAUCUAUGCAUUCAGCUACCCUCCUCGGAAAAGCAGGGGUGUUCGCUAUGACUAUGGCUCAUGAAACAAAUAGAAUACACACAGACUACACAUUACAGGCUGUACACAUUAAGAUAUAUGAAUAUAUAAAUACCUGUGUGAUUCAUUUAGCUUGUGGAAUACUUCCAUGCUUAUUUUCUUGGGUAAAAAUGCCAAUUGUUAUGGGAAUAAUUUUGCAGUACAACUUUCAUAUUGUAAAUAAAGGUUUGUUAUUGUUUGAGAAA